AUGACGGUAUUGAAGAAAUCCAUGGUCGCCGGCAACUUCACCGUGAACAUGAGGGAGAAACAGAACGUCAUUCCCGGAACCCGAGUCAGCAAUUUCAAAGGCUGGGAAAAACGUUUCUUUUAUGUCCGAGCUGACUACCUCUCACUCGAAAAUCCUUUUGUUGGCUUACGCCGACGAUGGAAUAGUGAUCCGGAUCGCAUCCGAAAUUUUUCUACGUUCCCACCGGAGUACUCCGACAUUGUGGCAAGCCUGUUUAGCGGGGAGAAUCGAGCGUGGGACCAAUUUAGCCGAAAGCGAGUUGAAGAAGCGAUGGGAAGAAUUCCGAGAAAGUAUCCAAACUUCGCAGAGGAGCUGGCCAAAUCAUCAGGUACUUCGGUAACCGCCCUCCAGGCUCGGGAUGCCGAGCUCGCUGCACCAACAACAACGGCUAUGGAAGUCGCCGUAAUUGAAUCGGCUACCGGAGGAGAGGUCGCCCCUACUGAUCCUUCGAUCGUGGAUCUGGAAGUCGAUGGUGGUGGCGAGGGCGAGGUUCCCGGGCAGGAGGUCGUAACUGCCGAGCAAGAGGUCGCUCUGUCCGAAGGAGACACGGCCGGGAGGAAGAAAAAGAAGAAGAGAGUCGACAAAGGCAAGGGCGUGGCUCUGGAUUCUGGCAACCAAUCGAGCCGUAAGAGGUCGGCCGAAGCAGCUGAUCUAGAGUCUUCUGAUCCUUUCCGAUUAACUCGGAAGGAUUCGAAGACAGACAAAUUCUGCUUUGACUACUUCGGAGAAAGCUCCGUGGCUGGCGAUCGUUAUGCCUCGGCAGAGUUAUGCCGAAAUUUAAAAUUUUCUUCGGAAAUUCUGCCCGAUCUCGACGAGCUGGAGUUCAAGGAGGACUAUCUGAACUAUACUCGAUCCGCGUUGCAGUCGAUCGCCUAUGGCAACGCUCUCUUCUUCAAAUAUGAAAAGAGGGUGAAGUCGCGCUCUACGGCGAAUCACGCCUUCUUAAUGAUGGAGAAAUGCGCCAAAGAGGCCCAGGACAAAGUGGCCAUGCUGCGGAAGCAAGUGGGAGGCUUGGAGGAACAUGCCAAGGUUCAAGAGGGAGUCGUUGCUUCCUUAGAGGAUACAAUUGCCGGCCUUCGGGCCGAGAAUGCGACUCUUGCUGCGGAGAAGGCGAAAGCCGAUGGCGACCUUCAGCUCCUUCAGCAAUUCUGCGAAUCCGAAUGCUGGCAACUUCGCCUAGAUCGGCAGGCUGUGGUUGAGCGCACGAGGAAGAAGGCCCAAGAUCGCCUAGAUCGGGUGAAGGCAUUCCUGGCCGAGAAAGAGGUCACUGUUCGUCCGAAGGAAGACCUGCCGAACCAGGCUCUUGGGGUCGAGGCUACGAUUGACAGGCUUGUCAAAGAGUGCCAUGCUCAGAUCCCCGAGGAGGAAAUCGCCAAGAUCAAGGCGAACAAAGUCGAGUGUAAGGAGGUUGCAGACGCGCUUGACUAUCUUGUCCUCGACUCUGCUGACCUGAACAUGUCUCCGGACCAGCUCGGCUACGGUCUUCUUCGGCCUGAGGAUCCCGCUCCCAGAUCUAUCCGAGAGCCACAUGGAUCGAAUGCGGCAGCCUUCCAGGCCGACCUUCGAGCUCCUGACACCAAUGAUGACCCUCCUUCAGACCCGGGCAAUCCCGAAGAUGACGUUGAAGUCGUCUAA